AUGCUUGUUACUAAACUUAAACAUCUCAAAAUUGCUUUGAGAACUUGGAACAAUCAAAUUUUUGGUAAAACUGUCUCCCACAUAGCGGCUCUUGAGGAUCGUAUAAAGGGCUUGGAGGUAAGCUUACAAUCUGAGUAUGCUGAAGACGUGGAGGAUGAUUUAGUUGCCUCCCAAUUGGAGCUAUCAGUCUGGUUGAAUAGGGAAGAACAACGCCUUGCCCAACAAGCUAAACAACGUUGGAUUCAGAAGGGUGAAGCAAAUUCUGCUUUCUUUCGUGCUAUCAGUCGUCGUAAUCAUAAAGAGGUUAAAGAGAUGCAACUAGAGGAUGGUUCUAUUCUCUCCUCACCUGAACAAAUUCACGAAGGGGCUAUCUCUUAUUUUUCUAAUUUCUUGAAGGCAUGUAAUAGUCGUGAUGAGCCUAAUCUGGGGGACUUAGUUCAACCGAUUAUUUCUCAGGAUGACAACAACCUCCUUUCUUGUGUUCCUUUAUCUCAAGAAGUCUAUGAUGCUCUUUGCUCCAUUCUGGAAGAUAGUAGCCCGAGUCCUGAUGGUUUUGGGUCAGGCUUCUAUCGAUCUUGUUGGCACAUUGUGGGUACUGACGUUGUCGAUGUUGUGACUGAGUUUUUUCAAGGUUCUUAA